CGUCGGCACCAUGGCGCUCUUCGAAAUCGACCCCCAGAUUCUGCCGAAUCUGAAGCUGGGUCUUCACUCGUUUCAGAUCGUCCUGGGCUUCUUGGUCUUCUGCUUGGAGAUUGCAGUCUUCCGCGGCGACACCUCUCGGAUUGUGGGCCUGAACGGAUGGACCUUCGCAGUGUGCUUCCUCUCCAUCCCGGGCUGGAUCUACCUCAUCAUGACUCCUCGAUUUGAGCGCACCCGCAGGUUCGCCAACCCAUACGUCAUGCUGGCCGUCGAUGGCCUCUACAUCAUCAUCUGGCUUUCGGCCUUUUCCACUCAGGCAGCCUACAACAGCUCUGGCCAGUGCGGCGGUAGCUGUGGUAUUAGCAAGGCUGUCGUUGCCGCAGGUGUCUUUGCGACUCUCCUUUGGAUAGGAACAGCUUUUCUCAGUGCCUACACCCUCCAGUACUACAACUUCCACGGCAGUCUCCCUGGCUACGACAGCCGCAAGAUCGGCGGUAGCGACAACAUUGAUCCUGACAAGGCUGCCUUUUCCAUGGCUCCUCACGACGACGAGGCCUACGAGCGGGUCAACAUGGACGACCAGGAUGCUCCCGGUGCCUAUGAUGACCACAACACCAGCAUGAACAGCCGCUAUGGCGACAACCGUCCUUACAACGCCGAUGACUUUGACGACCCCAACCGAUACGGUGCUCUGCCCCCUCGGACUAACAGCAACCCCUUGUUCGACAGCGAGACGGAGUACCAUGGAAGUACUCUCGGCGCGGAAUUUGGCAAACAUAAGACGCCCUCUCCCGGCCCAUACAGCGGAAAUCACUCAGACACCUAUGCCGAUGGCCCAGUCCUGUUCCCGUCUGCCGACUAUGACCGGAUAGAGCACUGA